UUAGACUUUAUGAAAAACAGGGUAUUGAAUCAAAUUCAGAGAAUGUGCCAAAAUUUGCAUCAUUUGAUUUAAAUCCCAACAAGCAGAAAGAUAGUUUUUGUUUUAGUGAGUUGACAGGACCAAUGAAGGUAUUUAAAGUCAUAAAGUCUCAACAGUCGUCUGAAAUUGUCUGCAAAGUUUUCAGAAAGACUGAAAACUACUUUAAUGAACCUGUAGAAUCGUCAAGUGGCCUAGGGAUUGUAGUCGCAAGUGAGUUAGAUGAAGAAAUGGUAACAGUUCCUAUCGAAGACAUUGAUUUCAAAUACUUUUGUAUUCCUAUCGAAGAGAAAUAUUUGCUAAUACCACUUUUACACCAUCUUUUUAACACAUUUUCCCAUUAACCACUGAUUUGCACAUUCCACUUUCAAUUCCACAACUUUCAAAUUUAAUAUACAAUUUUGGUUUUACUAAUAUAACCAAAACUGUAUAUAAAUGCAAUAUAAUAAAAAACAUAAUAACAAAUAUAAAACAUCAUAAAAAAUAUACAGUAUUGUUCAUAUGUUAAGCAACAAACUCCAAAUGCAAUAUGUUGAACGACAUUUUAACAAUACUGUAUAUUUUUAUGAUGUUAACCUAAUAUAAUUCAUAAAACAUAAUAUAUUAAUAUUAUAAUUAUUCUAUAUACAAAUGAGUAACAUAUUCGAGACGCAAGAUGAAGGUGAGAUUCCAAUCGUUGAGAGGAUUGAGCGGCGCCAAUAUUCAGUGGGAAUAUCAAGAACGCAACAAAACUCAGAUAUACUUGAAGCGUUAAAAACGAUCAUUGCGGGCCAAAAAAAUAUUCAAGAAAGGCUGGAAAAAUUGGAAGAAAAUGUAUACAUAACUUUGCAGAACCAAAAAACGCUUAGUGAAGGCCAGUCGUCACUGGUUCACAACCAAACUGAAAUUUUUAAUAAACUGAAUGAGAUGGAGUCGAAGAUUGUCGAGAAGGCUGAGGUUUUGGCGCAAAAUAAAUCAAUCAGAGAAUGCAAAGUUCUCCUAAAACGAGUUGAGCAGUCAGUGUGCCGCAUGACCGGCGAAGUGACUGAUAAAGAGCUGGACGACGUCGCUAGCGCUUUUCCUAUGGAGUCGCAAGCAAUAGUUGCGGAAGUGGAGGAUAGACUGCAAAGUCAGGACUAUGCCUAAACAAUGACUACAUUCCUUCACAAACUGAAAGGCGCCAGUGAUAAUGUGGCUGACGUUAUACCUAAAAUUUUCUCGGAUGAGCUCUUAGAAGGUUACAAUUGGGAUGGCAGGUGAAGUAAGAAAUCCCUAUGCAAGUUGGCGCUAGUUGAUACCAUUUUAAGAAGUACAUACAUAUACAUAAUUGCAACUUAAUGUUUACUUAAAAUGUUUACUAAUAUAUAUUUUUCUUUUAAUUUAGAUGUGUUUCAACAACAAAGAUGUAGGAGUUUCGAGGAAAAUAUAAAGCGGUCAAUACUGCUCAGCCAUCAUAGGUUAAAGCAGCGCACAUAUUUAAAGAAAAAAAGGAAACAAUAAUUGAAUUGAAAUGAAGCUUUAAUUUAAUUAACAUUAAUUUUUUUUUACUUUU